GCCCGCAAAACCGGGCGAGGCGCUGUCUCCAUUUUGUUGGCAUUUGCCGUCCCGGCGACGCGUCGGCCAUGGGGAGCGUCCUGGGGCUGUGCUCCAUGGCGAGCUGGGUUUAGUGCAAUCCCAGUCAAAAUCCCAGUAAGUUAUUGUUUGGAUAUUGACAAAUUGAUUCUAAUGCUUAUAUGGAGAUACAGAAGACUCAGAACAGCCAACUCAGUAUUGAAAACCAAAGCUGGAGGAGUGACACUACCCGACUACAUGACUUAGUAUAAAACUGUAGCAGUAAUCAAGACAGUGUGGUAUUGGCAAAAGAAGAGACAGAUACCAUGUUUGUGUGGCAGUGCCCCGUGUUUGCUGUGCCGAUGCUGCCCUAGUGGAAACAACUCCACUAUAACUAGGCUGAUCUAUGUAUUCUUCUUGUUUGUUGGAGUGUGUGUAGCUUGUGUAAUGUUAAUACCGGGAAUGGAAGAACAACUGAAUAAGGUCAUCAAAGAUUUGCAUUUCCUAGAGUAUUUGUGAUAUGUAGGGUCAUGUCCCUAGUACUGGUCAGUGAGUUGUGAGUGGAUGUGAUACACCUCAGCUUCUACUUGCUGAUGCAAGAUCUCCUUUCCUAUUACAACAUGUGCAACAUUUGAGAUGGCUUCUCCAGCAGCCUGGAUUCCUGAGUUGACUGCACGUGAGCAGGAAAUAUACCUUUGCUGUUUUAAGCUGAUACUUUGGGGUUGUUUCUGUAUGUACCAGCUUAACCUGACUAAUAUAUAUGGCUGAAAUUCCUGGAUUUUGUGAGAAUGAGAAAGGUGUCGUCCCUUGUAAUAUUCUGGUUGGCUACAAAGCUGUAUACCGUCUGUGCUUUGGCUUGGCUAUGUUCUAUCUUCUCCUCUCUCUAUUGAUGAUCAAAGUGAAGAGCAGCAGUGAUCCUAGAGCUGCAAUACACAAUGGAUUCUGGUUCUUUAAAUUUUCUGCAGCAAUAGCAAUUAUUAUUGGGGCUUUCUUCAUUCCAGAAGGAACUUUUACAACUGUGUGGUUUUAUGUAGGCAUGGCAGGUGCCUUUUGUUUCAUCCUCAUACAGCUUGUCUUACUUAUUGAUUUUGCCCAUUCAUGGAAUGAAUCAUGGGUUGAAAAAAUGGAAGAAGGAAACUCAAGAUGUUGGUAUGCAGCUUUGUUAUCAGCUACAGCUCUGAAUUAUCUGCUGUCUUUAGUUGCUAUCAUCCUGUUCUUUGUUUACUAUACUCAUCCAGCCAGUUGUUCAGAAAACAAAGCAUUCAUCAGUGUCAACAUGCUCCUCUGCCUUGGUGCUUCUAUAAUGUCUAUACUGCCAAAAAUCCAAGAAUCACAACCAAGAUCUGGUUUAUUACAGUCUUCAGUGAUUACAGUCUACACAAUGUAUUUGACAUGGUCUGCUAUGACCAAUGAACCAGAAACAAAUUGCAACCCAAGUCUGCUAAGCAUAAUUGGGUACAAUACAACAAGAAUUGUCCCAAAGGAGGGAGAGUCUGUCCAGUGGUGGCACGCUCAAGGAAUUAUAGGACUAAUCCUCUUUUUAUUGUGUGUGUUUUAUUCAAGCAUCCGUACUUCGAACAAUAGUCAGGUAAAUAAACUGACUCUAACAAGUGAUGAAUCAACAUUAAUAGAAGAUGGUGGACCCAGAAAUGAUGGAUCACUUGAGGAUGGAGAUGAUGCUCACCGAGCUGUAGAUAAUGAAAGGGAUGGUGUCACUUACAGUUACUCCUUCUUUCACUUCAUGCUUUUCCUGGCUUCCCUUUAUAUCAUGAUGACCCUUACCAACUGGUACAGGUAUGAGCCUUCUCAUGAGAUGAAGAGUCAGUGGACAGCUGUCUGGGUGAAAAUCUCUUCGAGUUGGAUCGGCCUCGUACUCUAUGUUUGGACACUGGUGGCACCACUUGUUCUUACAAAUCGUGAUUUUGACUGAACAGGACUUCCGGCAUGAAAGUCCCAGUUUGAUCAUUGCUUAUUGGAAAUUAAUAGUGUUUCCAACUUUCGUAAAGUUGUGUAUGUGUGUGCUUCCCAUACAACUUCUCCAGUGUUCUGGCAUGAGAUUUUGCUGCUUGCCAUUUUAUUCAUUGUAUUCUUGCCAAGUGCAUUGAUAGGUGUGUUAGAAUGAAUCACAGAGGUUUUAUGAGUAUGGUGGAAAGUUAGGGAAAGUGGACAUUAGGUUCAUCUUGUUCUGUACCUGUGAAAAUAAUAGUAAAAAGAAAACUUGACAAUUUUAAAUUUUGUUAGAACUGAAGCUGUAUCUUAGAAAGUAUAAAAGGAAGUGGCUGCCUUUUGAAAUACUUGAUGCCUUGCCUUACAGGAGAUUGCAAAGAAUGUGGGCUAUUUAAAAAUUAUGUAAACAAGUCACUUAAAUGGCAGUUGUCUGAAAAAUCUUUUCAGGUUUUUCCAUUAUAUAAAUAUAGGAAACUUAUACAGGUGGGGAGUGUUUGAGGGACAAUAAUGUAGGUUAUGAUGAAGAUUGAGAUUUCAAAGAAAGAUUGGUGGUGAGCAUUAAAUUAAAUACUCACUUAGGUUCUAUCUUCCUUGGGUAGAGAUGGCCUUCCACACCAACAGUGAACCUUGUUUUGGUCAUUGUAAACAUGUGCGAAAGUAAGGGGUUAAUGGAGAUGCUGGGAACUCUGAAGGAUGUAGACAAAGGUUUUGAAAAGGAUAAUCAUGAAUUAGAAGGAAGUUGGUGAAAAUCUCCUUGAAAGUUCAUUUUGAAAAUCAAAGGUGUUAAACUUUUGACAGGACAACAAGAAACUGCAAAUACUAGGCUUCAGUAGAUACUUUGACAAAAUCUAGUCCAAUCCUCCUGUUUUAAAAAUGAAGCAACUGAGGCACAGACUUAACUCAGAUAGCUAAUUAGUGGCAAAGCUGGGAAGUCCUAAGCCAAAAUAGCUGACAUUCAAAACUUAAUUCUAUUAACAAAAAACAAAAAGAAAACACAUUACAGAUUUUACACCUGAGUACUGGUAGGUAAUUUAUGUGAUGUGGAUUGCUGGUGUCCAGCUUGCCUUCUACUUUUAAACUGAGGUCACGAGAAUGAUAGAAUGCUGUACAAUAAACUGCUUAUAGUAUACUAUACAGUUCAAAAAGUGUUUAAAAUGCUUUUGUAUCUGCUGCCACCUAAUUAAUAUGUAUAGGUUAUUAUAAUCUUAAAAGUCAAGCAGUAUAACAGCCAAUUAGAAACUUAGUUACUUGUGUCAUUAGUGAGUAUAUUAAUCUAUAUUUACUUCUUUUAAUGUUUAUUAAUUUAAAUGAAAUACAAUUCAACUUAAUCCCCCUUUAUUCUGUAUUGAUAUUGUGUUCCAUGAUUUGACUGACUGUAUUCUCUCUCUAAAUAAAUGAAUUAAGAGAAA